UGAUUAUCCCACUGUAUUGUUUUCAACGAGGACGAGUUCUACGCGAGUGCUGGGUGAAAAAGAAAAGAAAACGAAAAACUAAAUAUCAAAGAAAAGUUAAGCGACGAAAACAGUCAGAGCCGCAGCGAGCGCGGCAUUUGGUCUGCAUUUUUUUCUCAACACGCACAAGUGUACCCGCAGCAGGCAAACAUUUCAACAACACGAUUUGACCAAAUGUGGUAAAAAUAGCAAAAGCCAGCAGCAGCAGCAGCAGCCGCCGCCGCUCCAUCGACGUCGCCGUCGUCUUCGCUGUCGACGGCCCAAUAAAAACCCACACAGCAGUAGCAGCCGCAGCAGCAGCAACAGCAAUAAAAGUAUCAAAAAGUGGAGCAAAUAAUUUCAGUUACCAGGCGAAACGUGCAGCGCAACACGCGUGAAUAAAUCCAAAAAGUGCAAGUGCAGGCCGCCAAAGACGCACACGCACAUACACCCACCUACAUAUACAUACACACGCUCACACAUACAUCCGCAUACGUACAUAUAUCUAAACGACAGAGCGCAAUGUCACGACCACGUCCGCGUCUCCCACCCAUUGGCAUUCCGCGUGAGCCGGAACCGGCAUUUGUGCCACCACGUAAUCUGGACUCCCGGGCGACCAUACAAAUCGGCGAUCAAACAUUCGACAUCGAUGCGGAUAGUUUGGAGAAGAUUUGUGAUUUAGGACGCGGCGCUUAUGGCAUCGUGGAGAAGAUGCGACACAGGCAGACGGGCACUGUGCUGGCCGUCAAGCGCAUCCCAAUGACAGUGAACUUCCGUGAACAGCAACGUCUGAUCAUGGAUCUGGAUAUAUCGAUGCGAUCCAGCGAUUGCCCCUAUACGGUCCACUUUUAUGGGGCCAUGUACCGGGAGGGCGAUGUCUGGAUCUGCAUGGAGGUGAUGAACACCAGUUUGGACAAAUUCUACCCGAAGGUCUUCAAAAAUCAGCUAACCAUGGAGGAGACGGUGCUCGGCAAAAUCGCGAUGAGCGUGGUUAGCGCCUUGCAUUAUCUGCAUGCCCAGCUGAAGGUCAUCCAUCGCGAUGUAAAGCCAUCAAAUAUAUUGAUCAAUCGCAGCGGCCAGGUGAAAAUAUGUGAUUUUGGCAUCUCAGGCUAUCUGGUCGAUUCGGUGGCAAAGACUAUAGACGCUGGCUGUAAGCCAUAUAUGGCACCGGAACGUAUUGAUCCGCAAGGUAAUCCAGCCCAAUACGAUAUACGCUCCGAUGUCUGGUCGCUGGGCAUCAGCAUGAUCGAAAUGGCCACCGGGCAAUAUCCCUAUAACAAAUGGCGAACGCCCUUUGAACAGUUGCGUCAGGUUGUUGAGGAUGAUCCGCCACGACUGACGGCCGGCACAUUCUCCGCAGAGUUCGAGGACUUUAUAGCGACGUGCUUGAAAAAGGAAUAUACGGCGAGACCCAAUUACGAGCAGCUGCUGCGGCACAGCUUUAUCGUGGAGCAUUUACAACGCAACACGGAUAUAUCCGAGUUUGUGGCAAGAAUAUUAGAUCUGCCCGAUGAGCAGGCGUCGCAGUAGAGCGGCAAGCGCAGCUGGAACAGAAGCAGGAGCAGGAGCUGGAGUAGGAGUAGGAGUACGCGUACGAGUAGAAGUAGGAGUAGGAGUAGAGCGUGCGGAGUUAAUCAAGGAUCAACAUGUCUUCUCUACUCAAUGUGAAACUAUUCAAAAAACAAAAUGUAAAUUGCCGCCGUCUUCUACAUGCAUUUUGUAUGUGUGUGUGUGUGUGUGUGUGUGUGUGUGUGUGUGUGUGCGUGCGUGCGUGUAGGUGUUUAAGUGCUUGUGUGUUUAUUAAUUUCUUGUCUUUCCCCUCUUCUCGUACACAUGAUUAUGUAUUUCUAUUGCGAUCCCUCUCUCUAUCAGUCUGUCUGUGUAUGUGUGUGUGUAUGCAUGAUUAAUUUUCCUUCUCUCUCACUCACUGUAUGUCUAUCCUUUUCUGUAUGUAUAGACGUGCAAAUCAAAUUGUUAGCUUAAGUAUAAAUCAAACGAAAUCAAUUCUAGGGCACACACACACACACACACACAUAUAUAUACAUAUAUAUAUAUAUAUUUACCUAUUACAUAAACUGCAAAAAUUGUAAUUUUCACAUUUGCAGCGCUCAAAAGAUCGAAACGUGAAAAUUAAAACAAACAAUACAAACAACAUUAAACUAUAUAUAUAAACACGAGAAAAUAAAACCAAACUGUGCCUCAGCCUUGGCAGCCCAGUUGCUGUCAAACUGUAAAAUGUAAAACUAAAUUAAAAACUAUUAAAUGCCGUGCAGCAUGCAACAUGAAGGAAUUACAAAGAAAUGAAGAA